AUGAGUAAUGUUAUUGAUAUUGAUGAGGUGCAGCAGUUUGGACCUUUGAAACCACCUCAGCCAAUUGGCCCUAUGGAUAAGUUCGCAAAUCAAAUCAAUCCCUUGUUUUCUUUGAGUUCAGAAAAGGGCAAGGCACAACAACGAAUAAUUGAUGCAUUUGACAAGGAAAGGGCUAAUCGGGUGAAAGAGUACAUAUGCAGAUGGGCUUAUGAAGCAGCUAUUCCAUUUCAUUCUUUUGAGAAAGAUAGCUUCAAGUUGUUGGUUGAAGCUAUUGGUCAAUAUGGUCCGGGAGCUCAAGUACCAAACAAAUAUGAAAUGAGUGAAACUUGUUUGAAAAAAGAGGUUGAUCGAGUCCGAGAAAGUUUAAAGGUACAUGAAGCGGAGUGGAAAUUAAAUGGGUGCUCAAUUAUGACUGAUGCUUGGACAGAUAGGAAGAAAAGAAGCAGCAUGAACUUGUGUGUCAAUUUAAGGUUGGACACUGUGUUUUUAUCUUCUAAAGAAUGUUCAAUGGAGGCACACACAAGUCAGUUCAUAUUUGAGUAUGUGAAGCAUGACAUUCAACAAGUAGGAGAGGAGAAUGUUGUUCAAAUUGUCACCGAUAAUGCUUCGAACAACAUGGGAGCAGCUAAAUUGUUGAGGGAGAAAAUGCCACUGAUAUUUUGGACUUGUUGUGUAACACAUUCUAUUAAUUUAAUGCUUGAAAGCAUUGCAGGUUUACCACGGUUUAGUAGAGUUCUUCAGCAAGCAAAUGCUUUGACUAUCUUCAUCCAUGCACAUCAUAAAACUUUGGCAAUGAUGAGAUCCUUUACAAAGAAGCGUGACAUUGUCCGGCCAGGUGUGACUAGGUUUGCUUCUGCAUUUCUUACGUUACAGAGUUUAGCUGGUAAGAAAGCAGAAUUAAAGGCUAUGUUUACAAGCAAUGAAUGGGAUGGGUGUAAGUUUGCCAAGUCAGUUAAAGGGAAACAAGCUUAUUCUACUAUUUUGAGUCAUGCAUUUUGGCAAGGGGUUGCAUUAUGCUUGAAGGUUUUUGCACCGUUGGUGAAGGUGCUUCGUAUUGUUGAUCAAGACAAGAAACCUUCAAUCGGAUUUGUUUAUGGUGAGCUUAUGCAAGCAAAAGAAGACAUUAAGAACGCAUUGAAUGGAGCACAAGAUUGGCUUGUUAAUGAUGAAGUUGUGGUUGGAGAUGAAGUUGAGGUUGGUGAUGAGGAACUUGAUGAUGAAGCACUAAGACCAAGCCAAAGUUCUAGAUUAAGAGAGGUUGAAGAAGAUAAUUUUGAAUCCGAAAGUACAGUGAAGAAGAAGUUGAUGUGGAUGUGGAUGUUGAGUUUGAAGAUGAUGAAAAUCAUGUCAUAG